GCCAAAAUGAUCUCCAAAGUCCCGCUCUGACACUUCUAAAUCAAUUUUAGCUAAAUUGGUGGAUUUAGGGCUUUACACACCGAGUGCCACUGGAGGGUGAAGGCGGCUGGGGAGGCCUCGCGGGGGCUUGGGGGUGGGGUGGGGUUCACUAGGUGGGUGUCCGGCCCCUAGGGCGCUCGGAAACCUGCCAAGGGCGUGAGGCCUCUGCCUAGACUGCCGCCUCCUGCCCAGCCGGGGUGUAUCCAGCCGGCGCCGCCGGGCGCUGGCACUUCCUCGUUCCCGCGCGCCCCAGGCUCAGCUCGCAACGCCCAGCGCUCCUCAGGCGGGAGGUGGCCAGAGGGGAGAUGUCGCAACUGCCUCUCUCCCUCUUUCCCCGCCUUGGCGCACAGUCACCUCCCAGAUGAGCGCGCUCGCAGACGGCUGCGGGCCGCCGGGCGCCGGGCAUGUCCCUUGAGUGCACGCAGGCGGCGGGCACCGGGCCCCCUCGAAGCCUAGAGCGGUCCAACCGCACCCGCUUCCCCUUCUUCUCUGACAUCAAGGGGGACCACCGGCUGGUGCUGAGCACCCUGGAGACCGUCGUGCUGGCGCUCAUCUUUGUCGUGUCGCUGCUGGCCAAUGUGUGCGCUUUGGUGCUGGUGGUGCGCCGACGGCGCCGUGGCACCACUGUCUGCCUUGUGAUCAACCUUUUCUGCGCGGACUUGCUCUUCACCAGCGCCAUCCCACCGGUGCUGGCCGUGCGCUGGACCGAGGCCUGGCUGCUGGGCCCGGUCGCCUGCCACCUGCUCUUCUACAUGAUGAGCCUGAGCGGCAGCGUUACCAUGCUCACGCUGGCAGCCGUCAGCCUGGAGCGCAUGGUGUGCAUCGCGCGCCUGCAGCGCGGCGUGCGGGGCCCGGGGCGGCGGGCGCGGGCCGGGCUGCUCACGUUCAUCUGGGUCUACUCGGCGCUCGCCGCGCUGCCCCUCUGCAUCUUCUUCCACGUCAUCCCGCAGCGGCUCCCCGGCGCCGAGCAGGAAAUUUCAAUUUGCACACUGGUGUGGCCCAGCAUUGCCGGAGAGAUCUCCUGGGAUGUGUCAUUUGUUACUUUGAACUUCCUGGUGCCAGGACUGCUCAUUGUGAUCAGUUACUCCAAAAUUUUACAGAUCACAAAGGCAUCAAGGAAAAGGCUCACAGUGAGCCUGGCUUACUCGGAGAGCCACCAGAUCCGCGUGUCCCGGCAGGACUUCCGGCUCUUCCGUACCCUCUUCCUGCUCAUGGUCUCCUUCUUCAUCAUGUGGAGCCCCAUCAUCAUCACCAUCCUCCUCAUCUUGAUCCAGAACUUCAAGCAAGACCUGGUCAUCUGGCCGACCGUCUUCUUCUGGGUGGUGGCCUUCACGUUCGCCAACUCGGCCGUAAACCCCAUUCUCUACAACAUGUCACUGUUUAGGAACGAAUGGAGGAAAAAUUUUCGCUGCUUCUUGUUCUCAGAAAAGGGAGCUAUGUUUACAGACACGUCUGUCAGAAAAAAUGAUUUGUCCAUUAUUUCCAGCUAACUAAUUUUUCUCUAUAGGCAGAGUUUGUCACUCUCCGGCAAGCCAUGGCAUGUUUUCAAAGCGAGUUAAUUUCCAGGACCAUCACACCAGUGCACCCUGCUUCAAGAAAAUGUAACCUAUGCAGAUACACAUUUACAGCACCAUCAAAUUAAGGGAUGAUCAUUCAGUAUAACAAUUUUAUCCUUUCUAAAAGGAUUUGUGAUGGGUUCCU